AUGUCCACGAUGCAAGCAUUGCGACAGGAUAAGGUGGCAGGACCUCUGCAUGUCGAGACUGUCCCCAUCCCACAAGUAGAGCCUGGCUCGGCUGUCGUUCAGGUUCUGGACAGCUACAUCGUCUCAUACACACGCGAGCUGCUCGAUGGCACACGCGCAGUGCCGUACGUUGCACCGUCCACCGCCGGCAUGAAUGCCGUAGGUCGAAUUCACGCCUUGGGACCGGACUCUACCGCACUGCAAGUCGGUCAGCUUGUUUUCACCAACGGUGUCUUACGGGGACGCGACGAUCCCAUCAACUCGAUCGCGUUGACCGGCGUUUUCCAUGGCCCUGCUGGCGGGCAGAAACUGAUGCAGUACUGGCCAGAUGGCUCUUUCGCGGAGUAUCAAAGAGUACCAUUGGAGAACGUUCUGCCUCUGGACGAAGACCGGCUAGUCAAGGAGCUGGGCUACAGCACAGCUGACUUGACCUAUAUGUCCCAGCUAGGCGUUCCGUUUAGUGGCUUGUCCGACAUUGAGCUGAAGGCUGGCGAGACCAUUGUGAUUUCUCCUGCGACGGGGGGUUUCGGUGGAGCAGCUGUCCGCAUCGCUCUGGCGAUCGGCGCCAAAGUCAUUGCCAUGGGACGCAACAAGGACAGGCUAGCAGAGCUGAAAGCGCUGGCCGGCAAACCGUAUCCUGCCGACAGGCUAGUCACAGUCCCGAUCACAGGCGAUCUAGGCCAAGAGAUGGGCGCUCUCGCAGAAGCAGCUGGACCAAGUGGUAUCGACGCUUAUCUUGACAUAAGUCCCGCUCAGGGUGCCAAUGGAUCGUAUUUCAAGGCCGCUAUCCUCGUAUUGAAGCCAUAUGGGCGCGUCAGUCUGAUGGGCGGCCAGGCAGAGGACGUCAUACCUUACCAGAAGGUCGCGUUUCAUCAACUGCGCCUACGAGGAACCUGGAUGUUCACUCCUGACAUUCCGCGAAAAUUGAUCAAUCUGAUCGAGAAAGGUGUCAUGCCACUUGGCAAGAAAGCAGGACUUGCGGCUCCAAAAGAGUUCGCUCUGAAGGACUGGAAAGAAGCUUUGGACCAUGCUUUCGGGGACAACCUAUCUGUCUUCGUUCCUAGUAAGAAGUGA